AACAUUCUGCAGAAAGACCAUCUGUUCCAGGUGCUUUGCCCUUCUUCAUAGAUUGAAGCGCAUCUCUAAUCUGUUCUAUAGAAAACUCAUCUUCCCAUAUGGACUUGAACUCAUCAGAAAUCAUUGGUACAUGACCAUGGGCCAAUGUUCCCAUUCAAUCCCAUUAAAUGUAUAUUCAAUCCCAUUAAAUGUAUACAGAUUGUCAUAGAAAGAUUACACAAAGCUAGUGAUGCCCAUAGGGUCUUUACACAAGGUGUUGUCAAUAUUUAAGGCACAGAGAUUUGGUCUUAUAGUUUCGUUUUUCAAGAGGAAAAAAAAACCUUGUGUUUUUCUCACCCUCCUCAACCCAUUUUGCUCUAGAUCUAAUAAAGGCCCCUUUAGCUAAAUGAAUGUACAUUUGAUCUAGUUCUAUUCGAGAUGUAUUCAAAUCUGUUUUUUCCUCAUUUGAAAGGGUAGCCUUUUCUAAAAGAACAGUCAAUAUAUUCAUAAGCUCAUCGUCUUUCGAACAUAUUUGUUUCUAUAUUUCCUUAUUGAGUGUAAUGGCGAUAGAUCUUACCUUAAAUAUUUCCCAGUUACUUCCAUGCUUUGGUUCUAAAUCAUCGGAAUGAAAUGAGUCUACGAUCAAGUUCUUUAUGCUCUUGUUAAAGACUGGAUCAUUUAGGAGUGAAUUAUUACGUUUCCGGUAUCCUCGAAUGCCACUGGAUUUUUCAGAAAAUUCCAACUUCAAAAAUAUAAUUUUAUGAUCAAUCAAAGGAGCUUGUUCAUGACUUAAUUCUUCUUCUUCUACUGACUUACUUCUUCUUCUACUGUAAUGAGAAAUGAGAAACAAAUCCAUUCUAGAUCUGACCGUCAUUGACCUAUAACACCAGGUAUAAUCGUUCAAGUUCGUAUAAAAAAAACACCCUGGCUGUUAUAAGCCAUGCAUUUGUAUACUUGUUUUGCAGCUGAGUAAGCUUAUCAGCAAGACUCAAAAAUAAAGUAUUAUUUGAGGUGUGAGAAUUGUACCCAUACACAUUGCGUAUAAAAAAAAAACAUUAUCUAGUUUGGAGAUCAAUAUAACCCAUCUCCCAUCUUUGGACACACAAGACUCUGAAAUAUCACCUCUUAACUUAUGAAGCAAUAUAUUACCAGCUGAGUGGCUAGCCCUGUGACUAUAAUAAACAGUAUUUCCCCAUUGUGAUUUCCAAAAACGUAUAAGGGCACAAGGCGAGACCCAAAUGCAGACACAGGAGGCAGAUGGUUGAGCUACGAUAUUUAUUGUACCUAAAGGGGUUGGCAAAAGGCAGGUCGGGGACAGGAGAGAGUUCAUAAACCAGGUCAGAGUCCAAACAGUACCAGGCGAUAGACAGACUCGAGGUCAGGACAGGCAGGGGUUCAGUGAACAGGUCAGAGUCCAAACAGUACCAGGUGAUAGGCAGGCUCGAGGUCAGGACAGGUAGGGGUUCAGUAAUCAGGUCCCAGUCCAAACAGAACAAGGGGAUAGGACAGGCAAGGGUCAAAACCGGGAGGCCUAAAAAUAAAAUAUUAAAAUACUUCAACAUUUUUUUUAAAACAGGAGGGCUAGGAAAAAACAGAGACUGGAAAGCUAGGCGCUGGGAGAAACACUGGUUGACUUGGCAAUACAAGACGAACUGGUACAUAGAGACAGGAAACACAGAUAUAAAUACAACGGCAACUAAUGGGGAAAACAGGAGACACCUGGAGGUGGGUGGAGACAAUCACAAAGACAGGUGAAACAGAUCAGGGUGUGACAAAACUAGAAUCUGAAUGUAGGAGUGAGUCUCCUGGACUAGAAUGAAAUCUGCAUUAGUGUUUACAAAAUAAAAAGGUGCUUUUCCUUUAGUUAUAUUUCAGAAACCACUGGCAUUUAGAGAUACAAUAUUUAGUGCAUUGAAUUCAAAACAUUUCAUAACCUGAAAAACAUUAAAUAAAAUAAUAAAACAAAUACAGUGUAGUGAUAUGAAUAACCCAAGCCAUUAUCACAUCGGUUGCUACUGCGCAGAUUGACUCAUAAGCCGCGGUUAUUAUAGUAGUAUCAGUAGCGAUUUUAGCAUGUAAAUCUUGGUGGGGCAAAUAUUUUUUUUAGAUGCAUGCCAGUAAAGCCACUACACAACACAACACUAAACAAUACAUUAAUUGCACUAUAACAGUGACAAACGGUGCACACAAACUGUUAGGGCCUACAUAAAGCUGUCUGGCAGCGAAACAGAUCAUUCAGCCUCAUGUACUGCCCUUCAAAAAUACAUAGCUGAUAUGGCUGACUUGCUUAAACAAAUGUGGCUUCUAAUGACAAUUGAGAUGUACAAACUAUGGUAUAAGGGGACAACAAGUGGAUAAGAGGCCAUCCAUAAUUUCGAUUAAGACAUUAAUGAGCGAGCUAGGACAGACGUAGUCAAUAUAACUAUUUGUUUAGCACUUUUGAAAUGUACAGUGAUAGAAUUCAGAACAUGGGACAUUCUUACAGUGUUCUCUGUACACUAAGUCAGAACCGUAGGAUAAAUAAAGGGGGCACAUAAGCAUGCACAUGCAUCCCACUUUUGUAUUUUUUGCCCCACCAAGAUUUACAUGCUAAAAUCGCUACUGAGGUCAAACCAUGUUAUAAGUCAAACCAUGUAGUAUAGGAAAUAGUAGUCAAAUAGAGAAAGACAGUGACACAGUUUCCUCAUAUAGUCAACCCCCAGAGGAAACUCUUACGGUCCAACCCUGGAAGACACAGCCGCCUUACAUUACUGUCCCUUCACGUACGCAUUGACCUCGUGAUGUAGGCUAUCACUAGAAACCAAUUUACUCUAUUUUCAAAUUAAAUUGUGGACCGAUGUUGUCUUGCAAAUAUGACCCAUUAAUAAAUGCAUAAACAGUCUGGUACCCUGGCUGAGGCUAACUCUGCUCUGUGAAUAACUGUACCUUUGGAGGAAUGAACGUAACCGAUCUUCUUAACGGUGUUCCUGACCACCUCCACGAGAGCCACUAUAGCCUUGGAGGUGACCUCUCCUCACAGCAUAACCAUACCCGUCUUCAUAACAGUUUAUUUAUAGUGCACAAAGAGUUCAGUAAUGUUGAGGUGGUUUCACACUGGACCUGUUGCCGCUGGGAUUCAUCUUCAGUUGGUCCGGUUAAACAAGUGCUUCAAUCAAAAGCUUAAGUUGGAUUUGAGGUUAGAACGAAAACAGAUGCCAUACAUACUAUUGAUGAUGAAUUAUUACAUUUAUACAUCUACAGUAGGCGACAGUUUCAAGUUCACUGCAUAUAGGACACAUCACUGCACUCUAUCCUACUCUGUAAACUGAUCAUCUCUGUAUACCCGUCGCAAGACCCACUGGUUGAUGCUUAUUUAUAAAACCCUCUUAGGCCUCACUCCCCCAUAUCUGAGAUAUCUACUGCAGCCCUCAUCCUCCACAUACAACAACCGUUCUGCCAGUCACAUUCUGUUAAAGGUCCACAAAGCACACACAUCCCUGGGUCGCUUCUCUUUUCAGUUUGCUCAGUUAGCGACUGGAACGAGCUGCAACAAACACUCAAACUGGACAGUUUUAUCUCAAUCUCUUCAUUCAAAGACUCAAUCGUGGACACUCUUACUGCUUCGUGUGAUGUAUUGUUGUCUCUACCUUCUUGCCCUUUGUGCUGUUGUCUGUGCCCAAUAAUGUUUGUACCAUGUUUUGUGCUGCUACCAUGUUGUUGUUAUGUUGUGUUGCUCCCAUGCUGUGUUGUCAUGUGUAGCUGCCUUGCUAUGUUGUUGUCUUAGGUCUCUCUUUAUGUAGUGUUGUCUCUCUUGUUGUGAUGUGUGUUUUGACCUAUAUUUAUAUUGUAUUUAUUUAUUUAUUUUUCAUCUCAGGCCCCCGUCCCCGCAGGAGGCCUUUUGUCUAUUUGUCGGCCGUCAUUGUAAAUAAGAAUUUGUUCUUAACUGACUUGCCUAGUUAAAUAAAGAUUUUAAAAAUUAUAUAUAUACUAAAUUAAAAUAGCGCCAACUGCUGGCCAUGAUAUGAUGUGCAUGCAUCCAGCUGUUGCUCAACUUGAUGAUGGACGUGUCUUCGAAUCUUAAGUAAAAUGUCUCGUGACAUUCUAUGAACGUCCCCUGGAAACGGAACGGUCUAGCCAUUUUGCUAGCUAACAAAAUGUAUGUUACUAUUUCUGUUUUAAACUAGCUAACGUUAUUCUUUUACAUAUGCUUUUGAAUCCAACAUAGACCUAGCUAGAUUAUAUUAAAUAAUGUGUUACAAAGUAAGUGACAAGCACACAGGCUACAAGGUAGGGUCAUCAGAUGGACAAAGAUAACCGUAGCAACAAAGUGAAAUUGCUGCAAACCUAUGCAACUUGUGAGUUUAGCGUGUCAUAAAUUCAUUGGUGAUUAACCAAGAAAUAAUUACUCUCCUCAAAUGACAGAUUUGCCUACAAGAACACUGCGGCACAGAUGAGUAUUUAGACUGUUUGUAACCAACCAAAGACCAUGCCAAUAGUGUAUUGCUGUGUAGAAAGAAGCAACAUCAUCCUUGCUGAUCUUGCUCUCAGAGGUGGAAGGUUUCAGGAGGCAGCAUUGAAUAUUCUGAGACCUCUUCCGUUUGGAGCUCUGUAUCGAAGGUCCAUACAAUUGGAUGGGUUCAGAUACCACAUCCUGUCAGAGGAUGGAGUGUCCUACGUCUGUGUCACAGAGCUCAGCUAUGAGUGCAGGAGGGCCCAUGAAUUCCUUAACCAGAUCUGCAGUUUCUUUGCUAACAGCCCCCUGAUAAAGAAAGCGGCCUUUGCCCAGCCGUAUGAAUUCAGCUCUGACCUGCAUCAGGUGCUUGGACAGCUGAUGGCUGACUACAGUUCUCAACAGGCAGCCUCCUCUAAGCUGGACUCGGUGCAGGGCCAAGUCAACGAAGUCAAAGUUAUACUCAAAGACAACAUUAACAAAGUGCUGGAGAGGGGAGAGAGGUUAGAUGACUUGGUUGACAAGACACAUGACCUACAAGCAACCGCAGACACCUUUCAGAGGACAUCUACGCGGGUAGCCCGGAAGUACUGGUGGAAGAACGUCAAGAUGAUGAUCAUCAUUGGCGUGAUAGUUCUGAUCAUCCUCAUCCUCAUCAUCCUGUUUGCUACAGGUGUCAUCCCCAGUUAAAUCCCCUCACAGACUCCUACAGUACUACAUUCUCAACACAAGGAAAAGGACGAACCACUAUCACCGAGUCAUGUUUUGAAUUUUAUUUUAGUCUCCUCCAAGGCGCAUUCAAGGUGGAUUGUGCAUAGUAACGUGACAAAAUAUCAUUUCACAUGAUGACUUCUGUAAAUAAGCUUCCUGGAAUUUGUUUGAUUGUUUUUGGAUUAUAUGGAUCUGUUCAUUUGAUAUUUAAUAAGAUACAUUUCAUAAUGUUUGUUUGUCUAUUUAAAAAAA